ACACUCAGUUGGUUUUAUGAUUAGAUGAAAACCUAAAACACAUUCAGUGCAUGGUCAACAACAAGACGGAGAGGAAAUCAAAGCCAUUGGAGAUCUUUUUAUUAUUAUUAUUAAAUAAACUCUUCAGAAAACAUGAAUCAAGCUACAACCAUCAAAGAGCUGAAUGUAAUGCUCGUGGGAUCCAACACCUCCAAAAAAUCUGUGGUUGGAAACAUCAUCCUUGGAAAGGUGUUUGUUCUUGAAGAUGUAACACCAUGUUGUGAAAGAAGACAGGGAGAAGUGUGCGGGCGAAAGGUCACGUUGGCCAAAGCCCCUGGAUGGCUGCCAGGAUAUGAGCUCUGCAACACACCCGAACUUUUCAAGACAGAAGCGAUUCUCAGUGUCACACCUGGACUGCAUGGUUUCAUCUUGGUGGUUAAUGCUGAACUACCAUUCAAGAACGUGAACAAGAAGGCAACAAAGGAGCACUUGCAAUACUUCUUUGGUGACAGGGUGUGGGACCACACGAUAGUGGUCUUCACCCACAGAGGUAAGCUUGGCUAUACCAUUGAGGAUUACAUCAAGAGGGAAGGGGCACCACUCCAGUCACUUCUGGAGGCCUGUGGUAACAGAUACCAUGUUCUUUGUGAUGAUGGCACAGACAACAACAAGAAAGUCGAAGAACUGUUUAAGAAGAUUGAUGCCAUGGUGGCGGAAAACUGUUGUUAUGAAAUCAACAUCAUUCAGAUGCAAAUUGCUGAAUCGAAGAGGAAAGAAGUGGACAAAAAAGCUGAAGAGCUGCGUAUGCAGACACAACAACAAAGGCAAAACCUCAGAAGACUCCUGACAGGGCCAACACUCGACCUGAUAAUCCUGAUGGUUGGGUGGGUGUUUUCUGGGAAGAGUGCCGCUGGGAACAAUCUUUUGAGCACUAAGGAGUUUCAGUCUGGGGAAAGAACGGUGAAAGCUUUGAAGCAAAGUGGCGAGGUGGCUGGAAGACAGGUCGUCAUCGUGGACACUCCUGGAUGGUGGAAAUUCUUCCCAGCAAAGUUUAAUCCUUCAUUUGUGAAGUCUGAAAUUUUAAAAGGGGUUUCUCUGUGUUCACCAUCACCAAAUGUCAUUUUGCUGGCACUGCCACUUGAUACAUCGUUCACUGAAGAACAAAGAAGAGUCACAGAGGACAACAUGAAGGUACUUGGACCAACAGUGUGGAGACAUGUUAUUGUGCUGUUUACAGUCGGGGACGCUUUGGGGGACAAAACUAUUGAGCAGCACAUUGAAAGUGAAGGGAGGCCCCUUCGUUGGCUUAUUGAGAAAUGUGGAAACAGGUAUCAUGCCCUCAACAACAUGAGUGUAGCUGAUGAUCAGGUAACAGGGUUCCUGGAGAAGAUGGAGGAGAUGGUGGCAGGAAAUAGCUAUUUCUCCCUCAGUGCCCACACUGACACAGAUGAUCCACAACAUUGGGAAGACAGAAGUGACACAUCAACUGAAAGCAAAGACAAGAACACAGCCAAGGAGAUCACAGAACAACUUACCAUCGAAUGGGAUCGUAGGAACUGGGAAAAACAACGUAUCCGUGAAGGAAGCAUGAGUCCACCCCUAAACAUGGGUGAUGAAGGUCAGGAGUCUGACAGGUCAGAAGGGGAGGAAGAAGAAAUGGAGCACCCACAUGAAGAUGAUCACUUUAAGAGCUGUUUGGGACUUGAAGAAGAAAGUGAAGAUGAUGCAGGACCAGAACCUCUGAACAGAUGGAAGAGACACCUGGAGAGAGAGUGGAGCAGACGAGAGUAUGCCAUGCAACAGAACUAUCUCUACAAACCUUUCUGGCCAGCCAUCUCUGAGCCAGACAGUGAACUGCUGCAGAAAUCGAGAGAAAAAGUAUCAAAGUGGCUGAAUCAUGCAACAUCUGGAUAUGCCACAGCCUCUAACACAAGUGGUACAUCGAAGGAAGAGGAGGAAGGAGGACAUGCAGAGCUAGGCAGUUGCCUAUGACUCCACUGGCUGGAGGAGCACCAAAGUGAGAAUACAGUUUGGCUGUAGAAAGACUCAUUGUUAUAUCAUUAACCUUGUAAAUCCCGGUGCACCCAGCAGGUGUUUUGUGUUUAUUACAACAGCAUUUUGCAGGUGAACCAGACUUCUACAGUGCUGCUGUUUGUUCAAGACUUCAGCGUCUAAAUCCUGUCUAGACUGCAACAGAUGUGGACUAAUAAGGAUAUUCUGAAAAAUACAAUAAGAGACUACGAAAUAGGAAUCAAUAUUUCUGGGAUGUAGAGGAGUCUAAUAUAGUUGCUAUAAAAUGUUACAAUGAAAGGACCGAGCACUUCUGUGGGACAUUAGUUAACAGCUGCUAUAGUUUGCAGCAGUUUACUUUACUGUCCAUCAGAAAACUCUAUAAAGAGUUGAUGUGCAGCAGUUGGAGGACAUCAGAGCAAACAGCAGAAAACGUUUUCUCCAAAAAAUAUGAUCCAGUUUCACCGCGUAAUGUUGUAAAGCAUUGAGUAAUUCUGCACAAACAGACAGUUUUAACAGUGAAUCUACUUGUUUACUUUAAAGAAAUACUAAAUCAACCUUGUGAAUACAAAAUUAGUUGGUGAAAUUCUAGGUAUUCUAACUAAUCUCACUAUUUUAAAGCUCUUAAAGCUCUAGGAGGUGCACAGACUGCUUACAGUGAUGGACAAUGUUACUCUCAGGUAUCAGUUGUCCCUUCAUGUCCUCUGUACUGCACAUUGAGCCUUCUGUACAGACCGUCAGUUUGGUGUCACUUUGUUACUUUGUCCCUGAAAGAUUUUGUGACCAAAGCAGAAAUUAACUUUGAUGAAAUCACUGCUGCUUGGAAGAAAUAUUUGUGUUUCUGUAUCAGAUAGUUUGAAGAUGCAGCUUUGAUUAUUCUGGAAUUCAAGAAGACUUUUUUAGUGGAGACAUGAAAAAUUAUCAUCAAAAUGCUUAAGCACUGUGUCUCAUUAAUUUGAUAACAUUAUAAGACAAGUUUCUGCUGACAUGUUUACUGAGACAAUGCAGUAAAAGUGAUAAAAUAUAUGCUUUGUACUGUAUCAUGUUGUGUGUUGUUGUUGCUGCUGCUGCUGUUUUAUCUAGAUAUUUAUUAUCUUGUUUUGUCUUGUUCAUUUAUACUAUGGGGUUAUAUGUUGAGGUGGUGGAGGCAGUGUUCGAUGUGAUGUGAAGAGUAGGUUGAAUACUGUACGCGAUAAUAUCUGCUCAAUUUUCUAGGAAAUACACCUGUAGAAACCUGGGAUGUUGAGCAUUUAUGAUAACUUUGGAAACUUGGGAAACUGUACACAAAGCAGUAAAGAGUGUAAAUAUAAACUGUGAAUAAAGGUGUUUUAAAAUAUCAACAAAAAAUAACCACAAAAUAUAAAAAAUAUAUAUACACACACUUAUAAACAAGGUUAAUGGUAAAUAUCAUAAGUUGCUUCAUAUCUCAAUGUGCUUGUUGGUUGGUGUGUAUGCUUGUGUUGUUUUGUAUGUACUGAAAGUCCAACCUUGAAAUUAUGUUUUUAAGUGUCAUGAGAUAACUUUUGUUAUGAUGUGGCGCUAUAUAA